AUCGUUUAAUUAGUGUGUGUGUUUUUUAUAUUUUUGUUUUCAUGCUUUAUUGAAUUUUAAAAUUUGAAUGAUAAAAAAAAGUAAAUAAUUCAAAUGUAAUAUUUAUCAAGUAUGAAAAAAUUAAAGUGGAAAUUUAUAAAGUCAAGUAUUAUUACAAAAUUCUUUAAUUGUACAUAGAAAAUAAAAAUAAAAUAACGUCUUUUUCGACGGCGUCCUGCGUCCUUUCAAUAAUGGAUUUUAAAAAUAAUGAAAAAAAUUCUACAAAUAUGCAAAAAAAUAAUAAUAAAUAUGAUAUUGAUAUGUCAAAUAUAACUGUUAUGGGAACACCAAGACCACGAGCAUGUUCAACUGUCGAGAGAAAAGAUUUUAGAAAUCCUUAUGAUGGUGAAGCUUAUCAACAAUACCGAGAUCUUCCCGUGGAUCAAUCUGAUUUAUCAGAUGCACAUGAUGAUAGUUCACUUGGAAUUCUCGACAAUCUAUCAACUCGUUCAGGUUUUCUUGGUUCAGAUGUUGAUAAUUUAUUUGAUCAAUUAUCAAAUAGUGAUAAAAAAAAAAUUGAAAUGAAUCGUCAAUUGGCACGUGAAUUAAUUGAAAAAGUAUGUGUUGAUAAUACUUCAUUAUCAUUUUCUCAUGAUACUGAUAAAGAAAAUAAUGUUAAUAGUCAAAAUAUGUCAAAUUUUUAUUCACCAUCAACAUUAAUUGAUUCAUCACCAUUUGAUCGUGAUUAUUCAAAUUCAGAUAAUCAAAAAACACUUACAAAAUUAUCAAAUAUUAGUAUGAAUAGUGUUAGAUUUGAGCCAAAUGAAAUAACAGCCAGAUCAUCAGAAAUGAGUCCAAGUCCAAGUAGAAAAAAUGAUAAUAAUAAUUUUAGUUUUAACAGUACAGCUGCUGAAUUAAUGGCAAAAUUUUCAAAAGAUGAUUUUUUAUCUGGUUCACGUUUAAAUAGUCAACUUGAUGCUGAUCAACAAUCAUAUAUACAAAAUUAUAAUCCAAUACCAUUAACACCAACAGCUGAAAAUAAUAGAAUGGAAUUUUCAUGUUUUUCUGGUGUUAUGGGUGAUCUUGAUUUAACUGUUGAAUCAACAAUUGGACGUAAAUUAUCUGUUGGUGAAUUUUUUAAACGUAAAUGUGAUUCUGUUGGUAAUUUACCAAUGGACAGAUUAAAUUUUGGACAAAAAAUAACAAGCCCAGAACGUCCAACAAGAAAUGAACCAUUGGCUAAUUUAACAACAACAACAAAUGCAUCAGAAACAUCAUGUAUUGAUAAAAUUAAUAAAUCAUUUGCAAGUACAAUUGAUUGUAGUACAAGAGAACAAACACAAGAUGUUAUUAGUUUAAGUAAAAUUGCUGAAGCAUUAGAAAAUACAGAUGGUACACCAAGAUGUCUUGUUGAUUAUUUACUUGAUUUAAAAAAAUCACAAAAAUCCAUGACUAAUAAUAAUCAAAAUCAAAGUCAAAAUCAACAACAACAACAACCAGCUAAUUGUACAACAGCAACUUAUACUGUCAUGUCAAAACGUUCAUCAUUACCAAGUAUGUUACUUGAUAAUAGCCAAAAAUCAACAGGAAAAUUAUCACUUGAUAGUAAAAAAUCAAACACAUUAACAAAUUCAAAAAUUGAAGAAAAACCAUCAAGAGUAUCAUUUGAUAAUACAAUUGAUGUAUCAGAAAUUGAUGAAGAACUAUUAAAAAAUAUAAAAAAAAGUGAUAGUAUGAAAAAAUAUGAACAGCUAUCAAGAAAAAAUAGUAUUUUACAUAAUAAUAAUAGUAAUAAUAAUAAAUUAGAUACAUUGGUUAAUAUUAAAUCAUCACCAUUAUCAACACCAAUAAAUACAUAUGGUAAAUUAACUAAAAAUGAAAUUGAAUCACCAGCAAUGAAUACUGUAAAAUAUGAAACAAAUCGUUCAUUUGAUAAAUUAAUAAUUGGUAGAAAUGAACAAGGUAUAUAUCGUUGUAUUGUUGGUGUAUCAAAAGAUCUUGAUAUUGAAAUGUUAAAUGAAAGUGAUCGUUGGCUUGUUUGUUCUUGUAAUGUUGUAUCAAUUCAAGGUGAUCAAGAUAAUGUUAAAUUAGAAACACCAAAAUAUACAAUACUAAUUGAACCAAGUAAAUGUCAAAUUGCAAAAGUAACUGUUAAAUUAUUAAAAAUUGGUAAACCAAUUAUGGCAUCAUUGAGUAUUAUUGUCAAGGAUAUGACAACACAUGAAAUAUUUACUAAAAAUCAUAUGAUGUGUUUCAUACCAGAAGAUCCAAAAAUUGAAAUAAUUGAGCCAGCUGUUGAUGAGCUUGAUUUUAAUACAUCAAAAAUAUAUCCAAUUAAAUUGGCAAAUAAAUUUGAUUCAAAUGUGCCAAUUGAAUUUUUUAUAAUAAAUGAUAGUCGUCGUCAAUUUACAAUAAAUAUAUCAAAUGAUUUAAUUGUUAAUACAUAUAGUAAUGAUCAAGAAACAUUUUACGUUGUAACAAUGACAAAAAAUGAAGAAUUAAUUGUUGAUGUACAAUUAAAUCAUCGUUUAUCAUCAAAUACAUCACGUGUUCAACCAACAUUAAUUAUUCGUGUACAUAAUGAUUUACAAAAUGGUAUGAUUAUCAAAAAAUAUUUAUUAAAAGUUGAUGAUAUAACAUCAACAAAACAAGAAAUUGAAUUAAUAAAUACACAAAUACCAAUGCUGUUGACUAAAAAAAAUGGUAAAUAUUUAAAAAUUAAAAAUACAACAAAUCAACAACAAACACUAACAUCAUCAGUACAAAUUACCAAAAAUUCUGAUAAGCUUAAUUUAAAUUUUACAAUUGAGCCUAAAAAAAUUGUUGUUGAUUCUGGUGAAAGUGUAAAUUUUUUAAUAUUAUACAAAGGAUUGACAGAUUCGUCAAUUGAAAAAACUGGAAUGAUACGUAUUAAAACAGAUAAAUAUUCAUAUUGGUAUACAGUUAUUGGUGAUAAUAAUGAUACAUCAAUUAUUGAACAAUCAAAUGAUAAUACACAACGUUGUGAUACACCACCUCAGCAUCAACAACAUCAACAAUUAAUGCUAAUAAGUUUACCAUCAUCACCAAAAAGUACAACAUCAGAUAAUAAAUAUUCACCAAGAAGUUCAGUAUCUGGACAAACAAUUGCUGGUGAUUCAAUACCAAUACAAUCAACACAUUCAACAUUAUCAUGGAUAUCAAUAAAAAUUGGUAAAUAUGAAAUAAAAGAAUUUACAAUACGUAAUACAAGUCAAAAUCGUAUUAAAUUACAAGCAACAAUAACAGACAAUGAUAAAUGUUUUAAAUUUUUGAAAGAUCGUGAAUCAUCAACAUCAAUAACAUUUAGUUUAUUAAAAAUGGAAUCAAAAACAUUAACAAUAAAAUUUAGUCCAAAUAAUAUUGGUGCAUGUGCUGGUAAAAUAACAUUUCGUCAUUAUGAACAAAAAAAUAAUGAUGUAUUACAAAUAAAAGAACAAAUAGUACGUCCAUCACGUCUUAUUAAUUUAUAUGGUUAUGGUGGUUAUGCUAAAGUAACAAUAAGCCAAGCAUUAAAAUUAAUGGGUGAUCAAAUGUGGUUAUCAUUGGGUAAAUUAAAUAAUAAUGGUAAAUUAAAAACUCGUAUUAAAUUAGAAAAUAGUGGUGAUUUAUCAGCAUAUGUUAAAAUUAAUUUAUCACCAAAAGCUGUUUAUCCUGGUAUGGAAACAAGUUGGAUGGUACAACCAACUGAAUUAAUAUUAGCAUCAAAACAAUCACAAUGGAUAACAAUUGAUUUUUAUCCAAAAAAUGAUGAUUUAUUAUUAUUAAAAGGUGAUGUUAGUGAUAUGGGAAUAUUAACAAUAACACAUGGUGAUGAACCAACAAGAUGGAGAAUACGUAGAUUGUAUAAAAAAUUAAUUGAUUCUGGACAAAUAACAAAAAAAAAUGAUGAUGUUUUUCGUGAUAUUGUACGUCCAAUAUGUAAAGUAUUACCUGGUGAAUUACAAAUGCAUAAUUUAACAAUAAUACGUGAUGCAACUUGUGAUUUGGGUGUUCUAUGUCGUGGUGUUAAUCGUCAUUUGAUAACAUUAUUUAUGGAACUUAAUACAGAUGAUACAAUAACAAUGUUUGAUCAUGAUAAUGGUAAUGAAACACAAACAUUUCAAUCAUUAUGUAGUGAUACAAGUACUCUAUUUCCAACAACUGAAGAUAGCUAUAUGCCACUUGAAACAAUCAAUGAUAGUACAACAUUUAAUAAUUAUCAUAAUAACGAGUUUAUUUUAACACCAAGUAUUUUAACAAUUGAUCAAUCAACAGCUAAAGAUUCAACAUUUAUUAUUAAAAGUUUAUCAAGCACUGCACAACCGUUUGAAAUUAAAUUAUCACAAAAUGAUUUAUUGAGUGUUAUACCAAUUGGUGGUAUGAUACCAGCUAAAAGAGAUGUUGUUAUUAAAUUAAAAUGUAAAAAAAUUGUUGAUGUUAAUACUGAUGUUAUUAUUCAUGUGUUUACAUCAAAUCAACAAAAAUCUCUUGAUGUUAAAAUUUUACCAUGUAGUAGACGUUAAAAUUUAUUCAUGUAAAAUUAUGUUAUAAUUAAUUUAGG